UUAUCCGCUACUCUCCUCUACCGCUUGCUUCCCAAUACAUUUUGACGCUCCCGUCCAGCGGCUCCAUGAAAAUCUACGUGAAGGAGUCGGCGUUGGUGCUCCCCGCCGCGGUGACGCCGUGUGUCACCCUUUGGAACUCUAACGUCGACUUGGUGGUGUGCAACAUCCACAUCCCCACCGUGUACUUUUAUGGCCCUACGGGGGCGGUCAACUUCUUCGAUCCGGCGGUGCUCAAGGCAGCGCUCGGACGCGCACUGGUGCCGUUCUACCCCGUGGCGGGGAGGCUGAAGAGGGACAAAGAUGGUCGCAUCGAGAUCGAUUGCAAUGCCGAGGGUGUGCUCUUUGUGGAGGCAGAGUCCGACGCCGUGGUCGAUGAUUUCGGUGACUUUGCUCCGACGUUGGAGCUACGCCGUCUCAUUCCGCCGGUGGAUUACAGCCAGGGAAUCUCAACUUUCCCACUUGUGGUGUUACAGGUAACACGUUUUAAAUGCGGCGGAGUUUCCUUAGGUGUCGGAAUACAUCACAUAGUAGCAGAUGGACUUUCCGCCCUCCACUUCAUCAACACAUGGUCGGACAUGGCUCGUGGCCUCGACAUCACUAUACCUCCUUUCAUCGAUCGGACCCUGCUUCGUGCACGUGAUCCACCGCAGCCCAAAUUUGAGCACAUUGAGUACCAGCCUCCUCCAACCAUGGCAAUACACGAUUCUCAAAAAAUCAAUGCGGCUCCUCGAACAGUGGUUGCCAUCUUAAAGCUAACUCGUGGUCAGCUUAAUACCCUUAAGGCCAAGUCUAAGGAGGACGGUAACACAGUCACUUACAGCUCGUACGAGAUACUGGCAGCGCACAUUUGGGUAUGCGCAUGCAGAGCUCGUGGGCUAGUUGAUGAACAGAAAACAAAGCUGUUUAUUGCUACUAAUGGGCGGUCCAGGCUCCGGCCCCCUCUCCCACCGGGCUACUUCGGCAACGUGAUCUUCACGACUACACCUGUUGGCGUUUCUGGUGAGCUCCAAUCGAAGCCCAUUUCGUACACUGCUGGCAAGAUUCACGAUGUGCUGGUGCGGAUGGACGACGAGUACUUGAGGUCGGCUCUUGAUUACUUGGAGGUGCAGCCGGAUCUUAUGGCCCUUGUUCGUGGUGCGAACACGUUUAAUUGCCCGAAUCUUGCGAUAACUAGUUGGGUUGGACUGCCUAUCCAUGAUGCGGAUUUUGGGUGGGGCAGGCCGGUGUUUAUGGGGCCGGGGAGUAUUCUGUAUGAAGGUUUGUGUGUUGUGUUGCCUAGUCCGACUAACGAUGGGAGCCUAUCUGUUGCAGUCUCAUUGCAAGAGGAACCUAUGAAGGUUUUUGAGAAGCUGUUCUAUGACAUUUGAAGUGUGUUUAUUUGCUGAAGUUCGGCGGUUAAUAACUUGUUCAAAAUAUUUUAUAUUUAUAUAAUAUUUUGUUGGACAACUUCAGUUCUGGUCUGUCCCGGGUGCGACCUAACCCGAAAAAAAAAACUCAAACUCUUAUCUUGUAAAAGGGUAUUUUACAUAUGGAGAGGACAUUGUGGUCAUUUUCAGCA